AUGCGUGCCGCCCUCGCCGAGCGUGCGCGCCGGGCCGCCUCGGGUGCCGCGUCGGCGCUGCGAGCCAAGGGGCAUCCCUCCUCGGAGUUGGAGAAAGUGCUGCGACGUGUGACGCACGCAGACUGCGCGGCCAUUCCAGCGGAGGACCUGGAGGCGGCCGUUCGAUGGGCGAAGAGGAGCGAGGAUGCCCUGGCGAAGUCAUUGAAGCACAUCCAGGAGCUGGAUUUUGAAAGUCAUGAUAUGAAAACGCAUGAUUUCACGCCUGAAGCGUCCAGUUGA